AUGGGCCUCGUCAAGCUUGCUGCAAUUGGCGGUGUAGGCUACUAUGCUUUCAGGAAGCUGAACAAGGACCGUGAUCAAACUCAGAAUCCCCAACAGUCUCACCAGAAGCCAUCCCAGCAACAUCGGGACAAUCUCUACCAACCUGACUACUACAACUACAACGGCCUCCGAAGCCCCGAAGACGACAUGUACAACGCUCCUUCGGAAAGGCCUCGGUCAUACAAUUCGGAUGCGUCUCAGCGGUUGCCGCAUGAGAAGCCUCUUCAGAUGAACUUCGUCGAGCCAUCAGAGAAGACGAUGCGCAUGAUGAUGCCCGAGCGGUAA